UCCACUAGAGGGAGCUCUUGAACUCGGAGCUGCAGUUCACGUCACAGACUGCAAUGAACCCAAUCAAACAACUCGACUUUCAGAGUGUGCCCGACUAGAGUGUGGUCAAACAAGUUUGAGGUGGAGUAGCGCCUGCCACACCUGAACAGGUCGCGUGUUUUGGAGGUGCACGCGCUCCACCCCUCCACUCCUCUCCUGCCUUCAGUCACCAGUGAGGUUUUCAGGCGAAGACUGCUGCUCCGCUCCCGAUCUGAAGUGCCGCGCGCGGAUAAUCUGUGAUUUGAAGUGUGUGACGAAGCCAGGACAGCGUCUUCUGUCUUCUGUCAGCUGGAAGAGAAGACAGGUGAACAAGCCUCGUCAUGAACUGGGCAUUCCUCCAGGGCCUCCUCAGCGGAGUGAACAAGUACUCCACGGCUUUCGGCAGAGUCUGGCUCUCCAUAGUCUUCCUCUUCAGGGUGUUGGUGUAUGUGGUGGCUGCAGAGAAGGUCUGGGGGGACGAACAGAAGGACUUCAAGUGCAACACGGCCCAGCCGGGCUGCCACAACGUCUGCUACGACCACUUCUUCCCCGUCUCCCACAUCCGGCUGUGGGCCCUGCAGCUCAUCUUCGUCACGUGCCCCUCGCUGCUGGUGGUGAUGCAUGUGGCCUACAGGGAGGACCGGGAGAAAAAAUACCGCCUCAAAUUGGGCAACGAGUCUGCCCGGCUCUACCAGAACACCGGGAAGAAGCGAGGUGGUCUGUGGUGGACCUACGUCCUCACCCUGUUCUUCAAAAUCGGCGUGGACGCCACCUUCGUUUACCUCCUCUACCACAUCUACGAGGGCUAUGACUUCCCCCGGCUCAUCAAGUGCGAGGAGAUCCCCUGCCCCAACAAAGUGGACUGCUUCAUCGCCCGCCCCACCGAGAAGAGGAUCUUCACCCUCUUCAUGGUGAUCACCAGCCUGGUCUGCAUCCUGCUGUCCUUCUUUGAAGUCUUCUACUUGAUCGGCAAACGCUGCCACGAGUGUUUGUCAUCGGAGCAUCACUCCGGCUCGGCGAUGAGGGUGGAGAUGAAAACCACGGGGAAAAGCACCCCCGAAACGCCCGCACCCUCGUACAGCCUGGCCGUGUCCUGAGACCCCGACAGCUUCACCAGAACUCUAAAGAUUUAAAGAGGCGUCUCUUAAAUCCUGCACACUUAUCUCAGAGACUGAAAUUAAACGGAGAUUAUUCCUUAAUCCCAGAAUGCAAAGAUCUGGGCUGUGAGAUCUAUGUGUCAUUGAUCAAUGUUUACACCGUUGUGGGUAUUGCUCUUUAUUUUUUUGUUCUAAGCUCCACAACGCCUUGACUCAAAGACUCAAAUAAAAACCUUGGAGCCCGUUCCAGCUAAAGCAUGAGUCACUCCUUGGUUUCCUGAGCUGUGUGGUUUGGUGCCUAAGUUUUUCCCUUUUCACAUUUCCAAACCCUUUUUCCAGCCGGGAAGCAUUCCUCACUCAGAUGUUCGUUUUGGAGUCUUGGUGAAAACAGAUGUAUUUAUCCAAAUGUUUCAAAUCUGUCUGUUGGGGAAAAAAAUGUCAAAAAGCAGCUUGUAAAGUUUCAGGAUGUGCACUUUUUACUGUUGCAAAUGUUUUUUUUUUUUUAAUAAACACAAAUGUGUUUUGAA